GGUGCCAGGAGAGAGAUUGCCUGAGCCCAAGGCCUGGAUGGGCAGCUUCCUCGGGGGUGACAGGGGCGGCUUCCUGGCCCUCCUGGCCUGGCUUCAGCUUCUUCAGCCUCUGUUCAGUGGUACUUACAGACCCGGGGAGGAUUCCAGAGUGAUGCCCACAGGUCCAGAGACCUCAGCACAGCGGAACCACAUAAAACCCCUGAGUAUUUCAGAUCCUUCGGCAGUUCCAGUGUCUCCAGACCCUACUGGGACUCCAGGAUCAGGGAGUCCUUCACCGACCACAGCCCACGGUGCCUUGAAAUCUAGUAGCAGCUCUCCAGGAAGACCGUUUUCUCCAGAACCAUGUGGCCAUAGAAUUAUGGAGUUCAGUCACGGACGCUCGUCCGCAGUGAGGAAGUGGCCUUGGCAGGUGAGCCUGCAGAGCAGAAACCAGCAUAUAUGUGGAGGCUCCCUCAUCCACCGUCAGUGGGUGCUGACUGCGGCCCACUGUAUAUAUGACCAGGAGGAAUAUGCGGUGAUGCUGGGAGACAAUACGUUGAAUCCUGAGUCUGGAAAUGGGACUCUGAUCCCAGUAAAGGACAUCAUUUACCCUUCCAGUUUUGACCUUCAAACCAUGCGGAGCGACAUUGCUCUUGCUCUGCUGGCCUCCCCUGUGAACUACUCCUCAUUUAUCCAGCCCGUGUGCCUCCCUAGGAAGCCCUUCCAAGUGAAGAAUGGGACAUUGUGCUGGGUGACCGGCUGGAGCCACCAGAGUGAAAAUGAUACAGUGUUCGCUCCAGUUCUCCUUCAGGAAGCCCAGGAAAGCAUUCUUCUCCGGAAGCACUGUAAUCAGCUGCUCCAGACACAGCUGAAAACAAGAGAAGCCCUAGUGAUGAAAGGGAUGAUCUGCGGCCUCCAUGACUCGGGACAGAGCUCUUGCUGGGGAGACUCUGGGAGCCCCCUUGUCUGUGAAUCUGACAACACAUGGAUCCAGGUGGGGAUUGUGAGCUGGGGCAUCAGCUGUGGUGGCAACACCGUUCCCUCAGUUUACACAGACAUCGCUGAAUACAACGAAUGGGUCAAAGACAUUUUAAGUCAGGCUUCCUGUAUGGAUUCCGGGGGAGUCUUGGUCCUAUACCUGUCUCUGAUGCUGCAGCUGGUCAUCUUGGUAAUGCUGUGACCUCCUUAGCCUAACUGUCUUCCUGCUGGUUUUAAGUCUCCCACUAGACCUCUUCUCCAAUCUCUCUGACCUUUCUUCAGAUUCCAGGCAGCAUCCAUUGCCCUGGGGAGAGCCAUAGAGAACUGUGGCAGGGUGACUGGGAACUGCAAAGUGUCCUGACUGGUGUUCUGGUCACUUGUCUCAGACAUACCCAUACCUGGUUGUUCUCUAUCUGGUGGGAAGGAGAGUGAACUGACCCUAACCAGGGGGCCAGCUUGACAGCUAGGUGGAGUACAAUGACUCAUAACAUUUGGAGGACAUCUGCCGAGAAGAGAGACCAUCAUUGGUGGGACUAGCACUAGGCUGGCUCCCUUUGCAUUACACAGCUCGGUGACUGCUGGAAGGGGGGGAGGGAGGAAAAGGGGAACGAUGCCAGCUCCUUGCAGCGGUAUGAAGCUGGGAUUUGAGUAUCUUAGGCUGACAGAAAUUCCCCUGUACUACAUUGGUGGGGGGGGGGGUCUGUCGGUGAGUGCUCAACCUCUUCCUCAUGAGAGGACAGUCCUACCUGGCACCCCCUUCCUCAUUUUCCCGGUGGUCACAUCCAGGGUCACCGAGUUGUACUGAGGCAGUUUUGGAGUGGGGAGAUUUCAAAUCCGAGCUGAAUAAAUGUUUGGAGAAUG